AUGGAGUGGUGGCUCGGUCUGUGGAAACUCGUGGUGGCCGUGAUCAGUCUGGUGCUAGAUGUCGCCCAGUACUGGAGGGACAAACUGCUCUCCUGGUUGACAUCCAAGUCUCCCCGCGCCCGGCUCGGCCACGUCCUCGCGACCGCCCAGACGUACGAGGAAUGGGAAGAGGCAGCCUUUGAGCUCGACGAGCUCCUCAGCAAGGACUUAUGGCGCCAGAACCCCGUCAGCCGGCACUACGACUACCGCCUCAUACUCGGCCGGCUCGAGGCAUUGAUGAACGCCCGCGAGGAAGAAGAUAUCCUAACGCUCGCUAACCUGCUACGCUCGGGUCUCGUGCGCAACCUUGGAAAUAUCACCUCCGCCAAGCUCUUCACCCACGCCUAUGCCGGCACCAAGCUGCUGAUCGACGACUACAUCACCCAGGUCGCGCUGUCGAUCCAGUAUGUCGCCGCGCUGCAGCCCAUCCCCGCGCACGCGUCGUCCGGGUUCACCUCGCAGGCGAAGCUAGAGCUGCUCCAUGAUACCCGCCAGGCCUUUGGGCGCACAACCUUGCUCCUGCAGGGCGGGUCGGCGUUCGCGCUGUGUCAUCUCGGUGUUGUCAGAGCCUUGCAUCUGCAGGGUCUCUUGCCGAGGAUUAUUACGGGGACUGCUACGGGGGCGAUCAUCGCGGCGCUGGUGGGAAUUCAUCCUGAAGAUGAAUUGUUGGCGCUCCUUGAUGGUGACAGUCUUGAUCUGUCGGCUUUUCAUUGUCGGCGGAAAUCCCAGACGGAUGGGACGGCAAAACCAGACGGGUGGUUCCGUGCAUUUCUGCGUGGGAUGAAACAUUUCGUCCAGAAGGGUCAUCUGUUUGAUGAUGAUGCACUGGAACACUGUGUCCGGGCGCAUGUGGGAGACCUGACUUUCGAAGAGGCGUAUGCCCGGUCGAAACGCAUUCUCAAUAUCACGAUUGCGACAAAAGGCAAGAACGGCUCGCCGAAUCUGCUCAACUACCUGACUGCGCCGAAUGUGUUAAUCUGGUCCGCCGCCGUGGCCUCCAAUGCAUCAUCCUCCUCACCCACCCACUCUCCCCUCAUGAUCUACUGCAAAGACGAAACAGGUUCCAUCAUCCCCUGGCCACACACCCAAGAUGCAAUCUUCCAACCCUGGCGGCACGUCCACUACGACGACGGCGAAUCCCCCCUCUCCCGAAUAGCCGAGCUCUUCAACGUAAACCACUUCAUCGUCUCGCAAGCCCGGCCCUAUCUAAUCCCCUUUGGCCGGGACCAAACAGGAAUAACACACUUCACCCGCUCAUGCACGCAGCUGAUCCUGUCCGAACUGCACCACCGACUCCGCCAACUCGAUUACCUGACCCUCCUCCCCGCCUGGAUCAGUCGACUCCUCAUCGACGAGACAAUCCCCGGCUCGAAUUUGACUCUCGUGCCGGAUCUGUCUUGUCGCGAUUUGAUAUCCCUCUUCAGGGACCCGACAUGCCAGCGUAUCGCGGAGUGGACAAGGAAAGGCGAGCGCGGCGUUUGGCCGGCUGUUAGUGCGCUGAAGGUGCGUGAGGCGGUGGAAAUCGAGCUGGAUCGUGGGUAUCAGCUUGUAAGGCGUCGUAGACCGAGUGAUGUGUCUGUACCGCCUGCGUUGACGUCGGUGCCACAUCCUGAUCCGAAUGAGGACAUUCCGCGACGAAGGGUGGGAUAUGGGGAGGAUGGUGGUGAGGUGUCUGUCGAUGCAGAGUGA